GUGAUUUUGAGGUUAAUGUCAACGUCAAGGUAUACUUCACUAUUGUAUUUUAUUUAAAUUUUAAAAAUAGAUAAAUAAACUAAAAACUAGGGAAGCCGAUUUUGCAUAAAUUGUUUGUUUUUCAUCGAAUUAUUGUGCGGUAUUGUGUCGGUAUCCUGUGAACAAAAUCGCUGUUACGGAAUGGAAAAUAAUAGCAAAUUAUAUUUUUUGUUUGGUGACAAUUUGACAGGUGCCAGCUCACCCUAUUUAUCAAUAGCUUGAUGUUGCAUUAAUAAUAAUUUAAAUAAAAUAUAUUAUAAGUUCUUUGAAAGCAGAAAUGGCGUACGAGGGAGACAUGCAGAACAAUGACGAAUUGAAAUUAACACCCUCGUUGGUAGAGAGCCUGCAAGCUGAUUUCAGGAGUUUGGUUUCUGAAUCAAAGAAGAAAUAUCCACAAGUCAGAGAGGCAAGCGAAGAAGCAAUUGGAAAACUGAGAAACUCCUCUUCACUACAAACCAAUGUUUACUAUCUUGUUAAUCAAAUAAUAUACCCAAUAUCCCAAGGUUGUGAAACCAAAGAUGUAAAAAUUAUAAAGGUAUGUCUACAAGUGAUGCAAAAGCUAAUAACAAAUCAAUUAAUUGACCAAAAAGGAGCAGUCUAUGUCACUGACGCUCUGUGGUCUCUCAUGGAAUCUGGAAUUGAAGAAGUAAGAAUUUUACAGUCAGUUCUACUACUUCUCACAACAAAUACUGUUGUUCAUGGAGAAACUUUAGCUAGGACACUAGUAUUAUGUUUCCGACUACAUUUUGCCAAAAAUUCAACUACAAUCAACACAGCUGGCGCCACAGUACGGCAGCUGGUAUAUCUAGUGUUUGAAAGAGUAGUUGCAGAAGAUGAACAAUUAGCAAAACUUCCAAAUAGGCCGGAAAAGCCUCCACUAAAUUUAGAAGAACUUAAAACUCCAAGUGGUACACCACCAAAAGGACUACCACCUUGUGCUGGUGAUGCAUACCUCCUUUUUCAAGAUUUAGUGCAGCUAGUGAAUGCUGAUCAACCCUAUUGGCUUAUCGGCAUGACUGAAAUGACAAGGACUUUCGGCUUAGCUUUGUUAGAGUCUGUAUUGACACAGUUUUAUGCCGUUUUUUAUAAGUUUCCUGAAUUUAGCUUUCUUUUAAAAGAAAGAGUUUGUGCAUUAGUGAUAAAACUAUUUUCCCCAAACAUAAAAUACAGAAGCAAUGUUCCCAGCAAUGUACAACAAGCAACUUCUUUUGAAAAGCCAUAUUUUCCUAUAAGCAUGAGACUUUUACGAGUUGUUUCUAUUUUAAUACAAAAAUAUCAUAGUCUUUUGGUAACCGAAUGUGAAAUAUUUCUUUCCCUCAUUGUAAAAUUCUUAGACCCAGACAAACCCACAUGGCAAAGGUCUUUAGCUUUAGAAGUUUUACAUAAAAUGACAAUACAGCCAGAUUUGUUAGUGUCGUUUUGUAAAUGCUACGAUCUCCGUAAACAUACCACCAGUAUUUUUCAAGACAUUGUUAAUUCAUUAGGAGCGUAUGUACAGUCUUUGUUUGUGAGCCAGCAAUUACAUAUGGGGGCAUCAUUACCUGUCACACAAGCACAACCACCAGCUUUUCUUGGAGGAUUACCUGCAGGCCCAGGUAUUUCUCCACAACCUGGUUUUCUCCUAAGAGGUGUUUGGUUGCCUUUAGCUGCAACAUUCGCUACAGGCCAAGCAAAAGCUACUUAUUUUGAAAUGUUUGAUAAAGUAGAACCCCCAGUCGUCCCAGACGGAUAUGGUAUUUCUGUUGCUUAUGCUUGCCUAAUGGAAAUUAUUCGUUCUCUUCAGAUUGCUAUUAACCCUCAAAAACCACCAGAUUCAGAAGAACUUCCUAGGAAAGAAAAUAGUAAAGAACUGAAUUGUCAGUUAAUUAAUUCAAGUUGGUGUGGACUUCUCGCAGCACUGAGCCCACUAAUUGAUGCUAGUACUGAUGAAUCUAUAACUGAAACACUCUUGAAAGCAAUGCAGACUUAUACAUCCCUGUGUGGUCUUUUGGACCUUCAUACACCAAGAGAUGCUUUUAUAACAGCCAUAUGCAAAUCCUCUUUACCUCCACACUAUGCUCUCACUGUUUUGAAUACUGUCACUUCAGGGGUAAGCCUCAGGCAAGGCCAAGUGGGAGAAGUUCAAAAUAUGCUAUUACAAUAUGGUGAAAAUGAAUUUCGACAACAGGUCGUUGCUGUCGGAACUCCAUUACCCACAUCAUCUGUACCCGCUGGAACUCAACAAGGGCCUGUUAUGUUAACUUCAAAAAAUCUCCAAUCAAUGAGGGCUUUAUUGAGUUUGGCUCAUUGCCAUGGAAGUAUUUUAGGCACUUCUUGGCAUUUGGUUUUGACUACCUUACAGCAUUUGGUUUGGAUACUUGGACUUAAACCAUCUACUGGCGGAAGUUUAAAAGCAGGCCGUACUUCAUCAGACACAAAUGCAGGAAUUACUACAUCUGUCAUGGCAGAUCUACCAGUACUUUCUACCAUGUUAAGUAGGCUGUUCGAAUCUAGCCAAUUUUUGGAUGAUGUGGCUUUACAUCACUUGAUUAAUGCUUUGUGUAAAUUGUCACAAGAAGCAAUGGAACUUGCCUAUUCCAACAGAGAGCCAUCUCUUUUUGCUGUAGCUAAGCUACUAGAAACAGGCCUUGUUAAUAUGUCUCGGAUUGAAGUUCUCUGGAGACCAUUAACCAAUCACCUCUUGGAAGUAUGUCAUCACCCACACAUAAGGAUGCGAGAAUGGGGCGUGGAAGCUAUAACGUAUUUAGUCAAAUCGGCGCUGAUGUUCAAACAUGCCGUGCCUCUUAAGGAAAAUCAAAAAUUGCAAACUUUGUUGUUGGGACCUUUAUAUGAGCUUUCUUUGGUACCACACGGCGAUGUGCGGCAAAGACAAUUAGAGUGUGUUCUGCAGAUUUUACAUAGCAAUGGUGACACUUUGACACACGGCUGGCCUUUGAUUCUUGGGAUUACAGGAGCUGUUAAUGACCAACAUGGGGAAAAUCUGAUAAGGGUAGCAUUUCAAUGUCUCCAACUGGUAGUCACUGAUUUUUUGCCUGACAUGCCAUAUAAAUGUUUGUCACAAUGCAUAGAUAUAAUUGCGAAAUUUGGUUCUCAAACCCCAGAGUUGAACAUCUCCCUUACUUCUGUAGGACUAAUGUGGAAUAUAUCAGAUUACUUCCAUCAAAAUCAAGCAAAAUUAAGUCAAACAUUAACCGACGAGGCAACAGUUCUACCUGAUUUUCCUGGUAGCGUGGAAAUGCCCAACUUCGAUAAACUUUGGAUGUGUCUAUAUGCCAGGUUGGGUGAACUUUGUGUUGAUAGUCGCCCCGCUGUUAGAAAAUCAGCUGGUCAAACAUUAUUUUCAACAAUUGCGGCUCACGGAGGAUUAUUGAAACAAUCUACUUGGCAGAUAAUGAUUUGGCAAGUUCUAUUUCCUCUCUUAGAAAAAGUAAAGAGAUUGUCUAAUUCUGCUAGCACUGAAAAAGUCGACGCAGGUGGUAAUAUUUUAAUACAUCAUUCCAGAAAUACCGCACAAAAACAAUGCGCUGAAACUCAAGUGUUGACACUCUCUGGAGUGGCAAGAGUAUUUAAUACAAAAAGGCAGCUUUUGCAAGCUUUAGGUGAUUUUACUAGGGCUUGGUCCAUACUAUUAGAAUUUAUUGAAACUGCUGCAUUAAGCAAAAACAAUGAAGUUAGUAUAGCUGCUUUAAAAUCAUUUCAAGAAAUUUUGUUUUGUAAAAAUCAAAACAGUGAUAAUAAAGUUCCAGAAGAGAAGGAAAUUUGGACUGUCGCAUGGAAAGUAUGGCUUAAAAUUGGCACUGAAGCUACAUCAUCAGUGAAAGGCAGUGAACAUCAUAAUAGUGAUGACUGUUUUUUGCCAAGCCAAACGUUUUUAACUGCUUUAGUGCAAAUAUUCCCGAGUGUAUUUUCACACAUUAAAAACGGAUUUACUUCGGACGAUCUCAGUCAACUUGGAGUAGUUUUGACAAAUUCAGUUUGUGUUCCAGUAUUUGGGGAAACAUCCCCUUACAUAAUCUCUGUAUCGUCCGAUUUGAGUUUGACUCCUCUUCAUGAUGGAGUACUUCAUGCCAUGGAGCUAUUACAAAAAGAGGCUUUACAAAGGAAUAACAACAAAAUGAUUCCUGAAAUAUUCAGACUAUUACUAAUAUUUUCGAAAUUCACCAGCUCAGUUCCUAGCUAUACAAAAAUGGAAAAUAAACAUACAAAAGUAUCAGACUGGGUAACAAUGAAUUAUGUACCUUUUGGUGAAAAAGCUACAAAUAUGGUGGUCAAUUUAUAUGAAAAAACAGCAGACUGUAAUGAAGUUAUCAAUGGAAAUGUAUUGAAGGAAAUUAUAGCUACUCUUCAUACGCCUUUGGCUUUAAAAUACAACUGUGUAUCUGGUAGUGUGUGGAAAUUAGCAGCUGGAAGUUUGAUUACGAUACUAAAAGUUGGAUUAAAAGUAGCAAGGUCUCAUGGAAAUCAAUUUUUGAACAUGUGGAGUGAAUUAGCUGAGACACUUAAUGAUUUCUUAUUUCCUAGCAAUUGUUCUCCGAGUCCAGGAGAAAAGGGGCUAGAAGAAAUGGUUUCAGAUGAACAAACCGAUUGCCAAAUUAUAGAACUUUUAAGAACCGAAGUCCUUCCAUAUUCACACAGCAUACCAAAGGAAUUUAUAAUGCAAGUUGUAAUUUUACUGAAUAAAGGCUCUAUUCAUUCAGCGACAAACGUCAAAAUCGAUGGAGAUGCAGAGCUUACUCUCAGAGAAGAUUUUGCCAAAACGUGUUUCGAAACUUUGCUUCAGUUUUCGCUUAUAGAUGGUGACUACAAUACUUUAAUAGUUAAUACUGAUGUCACAGGGAAUGGGUUAGCUGGUCAAUUGGCUGUCACUUCUUUGCUACAUCGAUUUGAAGAAGUUCUCAAAAAAUAUAUAGAAGAUGAAAAAUUGAGUGGAAAAUGUCCUCUUCCAAGAUUCCGUUUGUCUGAAAUAUCAUUUGUCCUCAAGGCAUUGACGACUUUAAUAAUAUCCAUGAAAAAAUCAGCUUUAGUCAAAGAGGAUAAUAUUGCAUGGGAACAACUGAUUUCAUUGUAUCCAUACCUGGUAGAAUGUACAACUACCACAUCAACUCAAGUAUCUAGGCCGUUAAGAGAAGCCCUUUUACAGUUCUGUGAUUUGCUCCAGCCGCCACAUAAUUAACAUAAUAAUGCUGUUACGAAGUCAGUGAUUUAGAUUCUAUAGAAAAAAGGAAUAUACAAAUAAGGAAAUUGCUGUUCCUCAAAAAUAAUUAUGUAGGAACUUUCAUAAUACACAUAUACUGAUAGGCUGCUCGUUAAUUAAUAAAUCUUUCGAAUUUUUUUAUUAUCCUGUAACUGAAAUGUACUUUGGUACCCCAAGCUUUAACCUACAUUUUUGAGUAAUUAAAAUUUUUUGUAUGAUAAUACAAUAUGUAUAAUUUUCUGAGGAUAUUCUUUAAACUUCAAAUUAAAAGCUCGGCAGGGGCGCUAGGUGUCUGAACAGUCCAUCCCUAGCAGGAGCGCGAAGAAGUACCGCCCACUACCAUAAUAGAGCCAGCAGUAUUCUGGUGAAUUGUACUCGAACGCACUGUGUGAGUAGAUUCAAGUACCCAAUAAAUGAAUAAUGUUCCAAGUAAUUAGCCAACAACUUCCAACUUCACACAUUGUGAAGUUCUCACAAAUAUUUUAAUGGAGUACACUCCUCUCAAGAAACUCCUGUCAAAAAACUGAAUAUGUUGUUUUAAGUUUCUAGAUCUUUCGUUAGCAAAUUAUUGAUUUGUUGAUAUUGAAAAUUUUAUCUGGGGCAAGAAGCUCUCAACUGUAUGACUCAAUACUUAAUAAUGUGAAAUAAUUUAGAAGCUGAUAGUUUCACACUACUCAAUAUUUCAAAUGCGAUAGUAAAUAUAGACGCUAUUAUUCGUGAAACUGCCAUAAUAGCAUUGCCAAUUUAUCAUAUCUUCUAACCCAUGUAGGCUAUUUUUUUAAAUCUAUAUAAUAACGGCUCAAAUGAUGCCAGAGUUAAGCAACAAUAGACAUAUUUAUUAAAAAGCUUAUGAUUGUCAUGCCUAUAUUCGUACCUGUACAAGAAAACAAUAUCAUGUCUUGCAGUUUAUGUUAAUUUUUAGAUGUUAUGUAUUUAAUGUCUGGUCCUUGACAGAUGACCAUCACGUGGCAAAUGGAAUUCCUUCGAAUUAAAUAAUGGUAUAUUUAAAAGAACGAUUGAAAAUGUUACACAAUUCUAUAAGCAACGACACUGAAGGUGUUUCUUUGUAGCUUAUAUCAAAUGCCUUCGCUCAUUUUCUGUGGAUACAAAAUUGUCUAAUACAUUGCAAGUUUCGAAUAACGACUUCUCAAUCAACAAGUAAACUUUUGUCGCGUGAUCGUCAUUUUUCAUGGGUCAGAUUAUGUAUUCUCAGUUUGACUGACAAAAAUAUCUUUUUAUCCGUGGAGAAGCAAUAUUUUUUUCUUAGUUUCAGUUAUUAAGUAGUAGAUAAAAGGGCCAGAAGUUUUUAUUUAUUUAUCAUUCAUUCAUUUUUAUGUAUAUACCUAUUAUGAAUAUUUUUCCUACAUAGGGUAUCUGAAAAUUUUGGAAGAAAAAAGUAUAAAACAUAUAUAUGUAAAUAUAUUCUAUAACAAUUUCUUUUGUCCUACUAUAAAGAGCAGCCGGAUUCUAUUUUACGAGUCGAGCGAUUCUAUUUUCCGAUUUUUCGAUACGUAUAGAGCUGUCGUAUUCGAUAUCGAAUGUCUUAAUAGACAAUUCGACUCGACUCGUAAAAUAGGAUUUGGCUGGAGGUUUUCAAGAAAAAUUGAGAAACAUAUAAAAUUUGGGAAAAUUGAUAUAUUAUUGAAAUUGUUCAACUUUUAAUUCGACUCAAUUUUCUUUGUUAGCUCUGUGUUAAAAUAUGACCUGGAAUUGCAACAGAUUUAGGGCUGAUACUUUUGCUCUCGAUUAACGAAUUUGAUACAUGUCAAAGAUUUGCAUGGGUCAAGGUCUAUAUGUCGGAUGUGGUUAGAGCACAUUCAAACCCCUGAUUAUUUUUAACGGCUGUCAAAUGAGUGCAAAAGUACCGGCACUUAUUCUAUUUUUGUUAGUUUCCAAAAUUUCAUAUCUUCCUAUAAUACCUGUAUAUUAUGCACGUUUCAAAGUCUAUAUAAAGAAAUCAGAGCGCUCUGAUAGGCGGAAGAAGUACAAGGGAAAUAUUAUUAUUAUACAGUGUCCGUUUAGUAAAGAAUUCUGUGACAUGCCUUCUCAGUUAAUAUUAAAUGAGCUACAAAAAUUUAUGAGAUGUUUGUUUUCGCCUGGUGCGACUAGUGAAUAUGUAUUUUUGAACAUAAAGUUUUGCUAUUAGUAUUCCAUAAAAAAAGCAAGUCAAAGUAAAAGAUUAAACGUGCUGAAUGAAAAUGAAAAUGAAAAAAAUUCGAUUCUUAAGGUGCUAGGUGCUCCAGCUGAGACAAAACGCAUAUUUUACACUUACAACUUUUUCUAUUCGUUAUACCUGAGAAAGUAUAUUAUAAUAAUAAAAUUACACACUAAAUAAUAGGUACUCUGUAUAUAUAGUUAGUAUAAGCUUUCUAAAAUAAUCAGGAAAUCUUCUGUUUGCCAAAAUAUAAACCGGGUGUUUUUGACCUUUUUUGCAUAUUCUAUAUUGUAAAAUAUAUCUGUAAAUAAAUCUAAUCUAAAUGGAUUUUUUUAAAUUUUUGUAAUAAAUUGCGAAGUGCCGUUCUUAUAAAAUUUUCACGUUGAUCGUUCAUAAUAAUGGUAAUGAUUUACAUAUUAAAAAUUAUGGCCUGGUGGAAAAGAGUUUUUUAAUUUUUGUUAAGAUGAUUAAGUGUGAGUAUUAUAAUUUAAUUUUAUUGCAUUUUUGUUAAUGAUGCAAUUUUAAUUUUUUUUAAUGUGAUUUAUAUUAGCAACUAGUGUUGUUUUUGUUAUUAAACAUUGUUUAUUUAAGUUAUUGGAACAAUAAUUAAAACAUUAUUAAUAUUGUGUGAUGUUUUAUUUCCU